AUGGAACAUCAUCAUACUGUAUGUAAUUCUGUCAAAACAGGGGGAACAGCGGCUGGUUUAUUUGGAACAGUAUUGAUGGUUGGCUCUCUAAUAGCAGCCCCAGUCACUGGUGGAGCAUCUCUCUUAAUAACCGGCAGUGCGGCUGCUUGCUCACUUGGUGGUGCUGCAACAAACAUCAUCACUGGUGCAGUCGAUCGAAGUAAAACUAAGCAAGCUAUCGUUGAAAUUCAGUCAUUAAUGGAUAGUCGUAAUGAAUUGAUAUCGAAAUUGAGAGAACAAUCGAAUCAAUUCAAUACUAUGAUCACACAUUUAGUUAGGAGUGGUGUUGAUGAACACAUCGCAUCACAUGUUGCUUUGACUGCAUUAGCAAAUGGUCAUUACAAUUCAAGGAUAAGCACUGAAAACAAGUCUGUUAACGAAGCAUUCGUUGCCAUGGGUCGGUUUAUUCAAACCGAAUUCGAAAUGAUCAAAGCAGUCGAAUCGACUUCUAAAGCUGUCGCUAUUGUUUCAAAAACAGCUCCCGCUGUCAAUCAGAUGAUAUUGAAAAGUGCUCCUCUGCUAACGGAAGAAGCGGUAAAACUAGGUCUUACUGGCAGUUCAGCGGUGGCCUCGAGUGGUCAAAUGUUGAAAACGGGCGGCGAAGUUUUGAAAGCGGGUGGUCAAACAACAGGUGCCUUAGUGAAAACGUUGGCUACGGCUGCAGUCGUUACAUCUGUGGUCGUCAGUGUGGUGGAUGUCGCCUUUUUAAUCCGAGAUUGGGAAUCUGAUCAUCCGACUGUCAAAGUAACCCGAGAUACUUGGCUACAACUGCAAGCUGAAACAAAUAAUUUCAAAGAUUUACUAUCGACGAUUGAAUCAUUACGAGAACGCGUUUAUCUUGCCAGUAUUGACGACAUUUCAAUUAUUGGUACGAUCGACCACGGAAAUAUGGCGAUGAUUGCUUUAUUGAAUCAAAACAUUGCACAGUGUAUCCAAAUCUGUAAAGACAUGGAUAUCGAUUGGCCGUUUGCUCGCGAGAUGACCUCCAAACAGAUAGUCGCGCUUCUGCAAGAACAUCAAGCAGCACGUGGAUUCAAUCAAGAGGAAUUAGACACGAUUGUACAACAACGUGGAAAAAAGGCCCGUCAAUCAGUCGUUUCUUUGACUUCCAGAAUCGUUGAACAAGUUCAGGAAGAAGCGAAGUCCGCUCAAAAAGAAAAAAAGCCAUCGAAGAGAAACCAGCGUGGUGAACAUGUGAUCAAUAACAACGUUCUUUCCGUACAAAGAGACAUUAUCGACAUGUUUCUUCGUCAAAGACUUCGGAUGACGUUUGCCGAGCUACGCAGAAUUCCACCGGAUAGUUCUAUUUAUCGUGCUUAUCAUCAUUCUUAUGAUACAGAGGUAAAAAACAACAUUCAAAACGUUAUGAUUGCAAGAAUUUUAGAUAAUAUCUUCUAUUUCGAUGCCAAUGCUCUUUUAUAUGGCAUAUUGAUUUAUGUUCUUAGAGCAUCAGCUCGAGAUCACAUGAGCUACUUUUAUGACAAUUCGGGUGCACAAGGUUCUCCUUCAACAUCGAGGCUUCGUAUAACUCGUUUUCUGAUGAAUCAAAUGCAAAUAUACGUCGAUCAGUUUGCUUUGCAAUACUGGUUAAGAUUUAAUGGUGGUAGUCUGUCGACCUAUGAGAGAUCAAAGGUAUCAGUCUAUCGGAUGUUCUCAAACUUGGAUGAUGAAAUUCGAGUUUGGGUGCAAGAAUUGAAACGUUUUGGCUAUUGA